GUCAGCUGACUGGGCUGUGUAGUCGGUAGCUGUUGUAACUAUAGCCCGCGUACGGGUGCCGCAGGCGUGCGGCAACCGUACGCGGGCUAUAGUAUAGUUACUAGAGCUAUGGAGUCGGCUGCUCCAGCAGGAAUGCGGCUGCUUUCGAGCUUUGUUCUGAUUGAAACGUAUUCUCUAUCUGCGGGCGAAAGUAGACGCGACAAAACGUAAACACACCGGCGGAAAACACCACGUAGGCCAUACUGGCAUACCAUAGAUGGCCAUACCAAGCCGCACGCUCUGUUGUGUGUCGUAGUGACUAAUUGAGCGAGGCCUGGCAUCACGUCCGUGACGAGGCAACGAGCGUCAAGGAACGGGAGAAGCAGCGAGCGCUCGGCAUGGCAACGGACAUGUACGACGACGGCAUGGACCGCGGCUGGGCGUGGCUCGUGCUCAUGGCUUCCUUCUUCACGCAGUUCCUCGUCUGGGGAAUCUCGCUCUCCUACGGCAUCUUCUACGUCGUGCUGCUCGAGAACCUGCACACGUACAAGUCGACGACGGCCUGGGUCGGCUCGAUCAGCGUCGGGAUACUGCUAGGCAUAGGCCCCGUGGCGUCAGUUGCUGCCACUGUGCUGUCAACACGUAAGACUGUGAUCAUAGGCGGAGUGAUUUCUGCUCUGGGAUUAGUCGCUAGCUCAUUUGCUACCAAUAUAUACCACCUCAUGUUAACCUACGGAAUUAUCACAGGCACCGGCUACGGUCUAGCCAUCACGCCCGGCUAUGCUAUAUUAGCUGCCUACUUUAACAAGUGGCGCCCCCUGGCGUUCUCCGUGUCAACGCUGGGAGCGGGCAUCGGCUCGCUGACGAUUCCCCCGCUCAUUCAGCAUCUAGUGGAUGCCUACAGCUGGAGAGGCACCAUGCUCAUACUGGGUGGCAUAUCUCUCAACCUGUGUGCUUUCGGUGCGCUCAUGAAGCCUGUGCGGUGGAUCACGCGGAAGCCCCCAUCAACCUGGUACCUGCUGAAGGCAAACUGUGACCUGAACAUGUUCCGCAACUGGGUGUUCAUUCUGUUCGGCGUGAACCAGCUGCUGUGGAACUUUGGCGUCAGCAUCGUGCUCGUCCUGCUGCCCGAGUACAUCGUCUCCGAGGGCAUGUCGCGUGCGCAGGCCGCAAACAUCCUCAGCGUCUGGGGCAUCAGCAACUGCCUCGGGCGUCCCCUGGCGGGCCUGCUCGUGCAGACGGGGCUGCUGCGCGCGCUCGGCGUGUUCAACCUCGCGACGCUGGCGUCGGGCGUGUUCGCGGCCGUCAUCGGCAUCUACAACCUCCAGCACAUCCACUACGUGAUCAUACUGUGCGGACACGGCGUGUUCUUCGGCGCUCAGCUGAGCAACAUCGCGACGAUGUCCGUCGAACUGUUCGGCGUCGACAACCUGCUGCACAUGAUGGGCUGGUGCAUGCUGUUCCAGGGAGCAGGGUUCCUCAUUGGCGCGCCCGUCGGAGGUUUACUCGUGGAUUGCCUCGGUACAUUCAGCUGGACCUUCUACACGGGCGGGUUUACAGUGAUAGUCAGCAGUCUGCUGCUGAUGGCCACGCCUGGCCUGCGCAAGAUGAUGUACUCACCCGACCUCAAAACGCCCGCGGAGAAGCGAGUCGCGCUCGCCAGCGAGGUGGAACUCCAGCAAGACGUGGAGAAGGAGAUCAUGUGUGUCGGUCUGUGAUGAGUCGCGCCACAUCGCCCUGUCGCACAAACGCGCAAACACGAGAGAGCGUGUCUGCGACGGACAUCUACAAGUGGCGUCAAGGUCGUGCUAUGUGCGUUACGAUGCGGCAGAUCAUCAGCGCUGCAGCAAGGAGAUGAGAACUCUGCGUGCUCGCACGAGAUUCAGACGACGUGAGGAUGAAAUAAUGCUUACUCUGCUGUGCAUUUAGUCAAAGACAUCGAGCUUGCACAGGCACAGCCGUGAGAACUUAGAGUUCCGACUAUGAGGCUCAAUCUUCCCUCUCGAAAGCUUGCCGCUGACUCGAGGUUUAGUCUUGUACAAACGCUCUACAACAUUUCUCGUUGGGAGCGUUUUAAAAUUAAUUGUGUGUGUGUGUGUGUGUGUGCGCGCGCGCGUGCGUGCGUGCAUGCGUGCGUGCGUGUGUAUUGAAGACGGAUGAGUUUUUUUAUGAUCCUAGUUGGAUGUUGAACAGUCACUCUACUGUAGGUUGCUCAGACAAUAAUUUUUUGAGUCGGUUUUUAGAAUUGUUUUUAACGUUGCCGGACAUGUUCACUGCGGCGUGGGUCGGGCUGAGUCCGGCAAGGUAUUAUAAGUGAGCGGAUUGAGACUAGAUUAGGCAGUGCGGAGACCACGACUAAGCUCAGGGUUGAUGCCACGCUGCUUGCACUGCUCGCAUUAUGCAGGCCGUUAUCGGGUGCAUGCGUCAGUGCGAGUUGCCGUGACGGUGGUUGGUAACAACUUUCGCCUGUGAUUGGUGUGCGCACCCCCCUCCCCCCAGUCUUAUGCGUGGACCUCAUCACAUCCGUGGCACAACCACACACAGCGCACAAAUACUUAGCUGAGGUUAUACUGCCAGAGUUGACGUGUGUAAGUUUACUGAUUCUUAGGAGUUGUUUUCUAACGUAAGUUAAGGCGUGCCUUGUAUGCAAAUUUCUCUAAGAAGGAAUUAUUAAAUGUGAUUAUAUUAUAUGUCGAGUAAAUUCCUCUACCGU